AGCCGCGCCACGGACUGUCAGGUUCUGACGUUAGAUUUGACGAACGUUCAAAAAGUCUUCCAAGACGUUUCGUUCUCUUUUAUUUUAACGGCAUCACCCACUUCCAUCACAUUCUGAUUUUUUGCGUCCUUCCAAUAUCCGUUGUCGCCGUUCUUAACGUUGUCGGAAGUUGUUAUCUUAGCUAGAUAAAGGUCCCAGUCCAGGGCUUGACAAAGGCGUUUACGGGAGGGUUUAAUCGCCUUGCCACAAACUCGUUACCGGCUGGGUUUUUUUGCCGUUCGUCCCACGACAGCAUAUCAUCAAACUUCUUUCAACUGUCUCAAAUCAACAUGCUGUCUCUGUAGGACACGACCUUACCACUCGUCCUCUUCGAGAUCCGUGAUUGUUCGCUCUCGAUUCGGUAUUAGGUCAGCAACGGAGACUAGCCUCUGGUAACCCCCGCCAACCCCCACGUUUAUAUCGCAAUUUCUACCGCCUCUUUCACAUCGAUGUUUGACUCAGCAGACGCCGUUCAGAGCGAGGGCGAAGGCCCUGACGGCUCAGACAAGCCCCCACUUGAUGGCAGUGCUCUCCACACUCACCCCCACUCCAAUACUUUUGUCAACGGUACCACUUACCAUUCGGUGUCACGCAUGCAACUACCCAAGGUGCUCAAAGGUGCCAUCGGCGGAACCCCACACUCCGCAAUGCCCUUUGCAACGGAUUCACCCUCACCAUCGGAGAGUGAGAGCUGGAGUGCCCCUUCAACCCGUCCUCCGAGCCAGGCCGUGAGCCGGGCUCCUAGCAUAUCUGGUGGUUUGUCGGGUAAUAAGCUAGUGGUGCCACCUAUGCCAAAGACUCCUCAAAAGGGCAAACUUGCGCCAUCAGAGAAACCGCCCCCGACGACUAGCCGGUCAAGGGCGCCGUCAAAUGCUCACUCGGACAGUGGGCAGAAAUUCACUCUCAAGGAUCUCAUCACUUCUGCACCUAAACUCUCACGCAAGUCUUCCGCCCGUUCAACUAGUAGCAGGAAGUCAGAUUCCGACGUGGAGCGAAAAUCAGUCGCUGGUGAGAGCGCAGUCAGUCUGACGCAGAAGUACGGUGUUUGCCAAAAGGUUGCUAUUGGCAAGGGGGCUACUUCCGUCGUCCGCCUGGCCCAUAAAUGGGAUAGAAGUGAAGAGAAGCUGUACGCUGUCAAGGAGUUCCGGAAAAGACGAAAGAAUGAAUCAGAAAAGGAGUACGUCAAGAAACUCACCGCAGAGUUUUGUAUUUCCUCCACGCUGCACCAUGUCAACAUAGUCGAGACAGUGGAUCUCGUUCAGGACGAGAACCAGCAUUGGUGUGAGGUUAUGGAAUUUUGUCCUGGUGGAGAUCUCUACGCUGCGAUCAAGAAAGGUGGUAUGUCGCCUAGUGAAGUCGAAUGCUGCUUCAAGCAGAUGCUUUUGGGCGUUUCGUAUCUCCACAGUCAGGGCGUCGCCCAUCGUGAUAUUAAACCGGAGAAUCUCUUCUUCGACACCAAGGGUCACCUGAAGAUCGGUGACUAUGGUGCAUCAACUGUGUACCGCCUCCCAUGGGAAGCAACAAUUCACAUGUCGACGGGGCUUUGCGGUAGUGAGCCGUACAUUGCCCCAGAGCAAUUUUUAGGCAAACCAUACGACGCCCGUUUAGUCGACAUCUGGGCAUGCGGGAUCGUGUAUUACUGCCUUCACUUCCAAGAGAUGCCCUGGCGUGCUGCUCAAACAUCUGAUACGCUCUAUGCGGCGUAUGCUGCAGCCUGUGCAGCUCAACACAAAGACAAGGACAAGGACAAAGACAAGGAUGUCGCUUUCCCACCAACUAUCACCAAUCUGAGCCCACGGGCAUGCCGCAGUUUAAUCCGGAAGAUGCUUGAGCCAGAUCCGAAACUGCGCUCUCCAAUCGAGGACGUCGUGGCGCACUUGUGGGUGCAGAAUAUAGAAGUUUGUCAUGCUGUAGCAAAACCCGCGCAUGUGCAUGUGCAUGCGAUGCAGCAGGCGCACGCGCAGCUCGUGUCAUCAUGAGGCGGAGGGCACUGUCCUUGAGGGGGUGCUGCGUGUGCCAACACCUUGUAUGUUGUAACUUAAUAUGAGCCCUCUUGGAACACAGCGCCGCUUGUAUUCUUGAUGCAUAAUAUGCAGAGAACAAUAUGCCUUCUGCAUAGUAUGUAAUUCCUUUUCUCUUUUUCACCAUCAUCUGUCACUCCGUCUACGCACCUGCCUAUCAUAGCGUCUUGUAGUAGUUACCUGGCUUUGGAAUUGAUGUCUUUACGCCACCUACUAU